GCUUCCCGACCGGACUUUGAACCUUCCCAUUGGAGACAGCCAAAGGAACCGUGUCCAUCUUCGGUUCCUCUGCCACUAAUUAUUCCUUUCUUCCAACUUCACAUCACCUUCUCUCUUUCCCUAGAUCUCUUCUUUCCACAAAACUAGCUUCUCGGGCGAGUUUUCCCCGAUCUGGGUCGGAUCUGAUUCCUCGGAAGCAACGAAUCUCGAGGCUCCUUUUGUUUUGCCAUUCGGGGAAAGGCGAGAAUAGCUUUCAACAGGGGAAAAAAAGAACAAAAAAUUUCCUUUCUUCUGUGUAGCUGUCUAGCUGAUUAGCUUCAAUCGUCUUGAUUUGGGUAUAUAAAAAAACUUUCCUUUUUUGGCAAUUUUUCUCUGGGCUUGGAACAACUUCGUAGCUUUUGUCUGUGACCUCGAAUUCCGAUCUGUUUUCGGGUGUUGAGUGGUUUAAAUUUCGAUUUCCUAGUGUCUAGUCUCUGCUAAAAGUUGUCGACUUUAGCAUUUGGGGGGAUUUUGCUUGGGUUUUGGGUUUUAUCUCCAAUUUGCAGAUUUACUUACUCUAAACUGAGAUUGGAGAGUUGCAAGUAGGUUUAGUUUCCCUAAAUUUGCAAACUUUAAUUCUCAGUUGAGAGGGUUUCCAUAGGUUUUAAGAUGAUGGGACUUGAGUUGGGUUUCUCCUUGUGAAAGAUUGAGAGUCUUCUUAAAAGCUUUAAGUUUGUCAUAUAUAAUAGUUACACUCGUGAUAAAUGGCAAGCAUCAUUGAUGUUACCAAGUAUGGUCACAGUCCUGUUCACCAAGCUGUUGUCACCAGAGAUUACGCCGGUCUCAAGAAACUAUUAUCCGCUCUGCCGCGGAUGCGUGACCCGUCUGAGGUUAAAAACGAAGCAGCUUCUGUAGCCGAAGAGACAAAAGCUGAUUCCAUUGCAGCUGUUAUAGACAGACGUGAUGUCGUUAACCGAGACACAGCUCUUCAUUUAGCUGUAAAGCUCGGUGAUGAGACCUCCGCGGAGAUGCUUAUGGCUGCAGGAGCUGACUGGAGCUUGCAGAACGAGCAUGGAUGGAGCGCUCUACAGGAAGCUAUUUGUGGUAGAGAAGAGAGGAUUGCGAUGAUUAUCGUGAGGCAUUAUCAGCCUCUGGCUUGGGCUAAAUGGUGCAGGAGACUGCCUCGGCUUGUGGCUACGAUGCAUAGGAUGAGAGAUUUCUACAUGGAGAUCACUUUCCAUUUCGAGAGUUCGGUUAUACCUUUCAUUUCUAGAGUGGCUCCUUCUGAUACUUAUAAGAUUUGGAAGCGGGGUGCGAAUCUUAGAGCGGAUAUGACAUUGGCUGGAUUCGACGGUUUCAGGAUUCAGAGAUCGGAUCAGACUAUACUCUUUCUUGGAGAUGGGUCAGAGGACGGUAAAGUUCCUUCCGGUUCUCUCCUUAUGAUCUCACACAAGGAUAAGGAGAUUAUGAAUGCUUUGGACGGUGCUGGUGCUCCGGCUUCAGAGGAAGAAGUCCGUCAAGAAGUGGCUGUGAUGUCCAAAACGAGCAUUUUCAGACCAGGGAUCGAUGUUACUCAAGCUGUUCUCUUCCCGCAAUUGACAUGGAGGCGUCAAGAGAAGACGGAGAUGGUUGGGCAGUGGAAAGCAAAAGUGUAUGAUAUGCACAACGUAGUUGUUAGUAUUAAAUCAAGGAGAGUCCCUGGAGCAAUGACCGAUGAGGAGCUUUUCUCAAACACUAAUCAAGACAACGAAACUGAAAGCGAGGAUCUUGGAGAUAUCUUGACGGAAGAUGAAAAGAGGCAGCUAGAGUUAGCACUCAAGCUGGAUUCACCGGAGGAAUCUUCUAACAGCGAGAGCUCUAGAAUUUCUCAGCCGCAUUCUUUGGAGGAUCGGGAGAUUCCAGUAACGGAUGGAAACGGAUAUUGCAAACAGGAGAGGAAAGGAUGGUUUAGCGGGUGGAGGAAACGAGAGGAAGGACACAAACGAAGUAGUGUUCCUCCAAGAAACUCGCUUUGUGUUGAUGAGAAAGUAAGCGAUCUUCUUGGGGACGAUGAUUCUCCAUCUGGUGGUGGAAGACAGAUAAAACCGGGAAGACACUCAACGGUUGAGACUGUUGUGAGAGACGAGAAUCGGGGAACGAGAGAUUCAUCAAAAGCUUCAACAUCAGAAGGCAGCGGAAGUAGUAAGCGAAAGGAAGGAAGCAGAGAGAACGAGUACAAGAAAGGUCUUAGACCAAUUCUUUGGCUUUCUGAGAGAUUCCCAUUACAGACAAAAGAACUUCUUCCAUUGCUCGAUAUCCUUGCAAACAAAGUCAAAGCAAUUCGGCGUUUAAGGGAGCUUAUGACCACGAAACUACCAACCGGAACAUUUCCAGUCAAGGUUGCUAUUCCGGUGAUCCCUACGAUUAGAGUACUGGUUACAUUUACGAAGUUUGAAGAGCUAGAAGCUAUAGAAGAUGAGUUCGUUACACCGCCAUCGAGUCCUACUUCUUCAGUCAAGGACAGUCCUAGAGAGGUAACACAGACCUCCUCAAGCUCAUCCUCCUCAUGGUUUCAAUGGAUCAAAACACCGAGUCAACGUCCAUCAACAAGCUCGAGUUCUGGAGGGUUUGCUAUUGGUAAAGCCGAAAAUGAUCAAGACCCAUUUGCAAUUCCAAGGGGAUACAAUUGGAUCACAUCUGAGGAGAAGAAAAAGAAGGUCCAAGAGAAGAAUAAAGCUAAGAAAGGCAAGUCAUCUCAGAACAGCUGAAGAAACCAAAAACAAUUCACAAGUAAGAAGAAAAUCUUUCGAUGUCUCUGAAAACAUGAAAUACUGAAAUAGGAAAAUCUAGCAGAUUAUGAUUACUGGUUUAAAAAAAAAAAACGAACCUUUUUCCUGGUUCUUGUACUAAUAAACUGGGUUUAUAAUACCAAAACCAGGGAAAAAGAAAUUCAGUUAAAUAUAGUGGGGGUAAUUUAAGGUAUGUUGUGGGUUUAUGUUGCUGUGACUUUAUAUUUGCUUAUGAUUCUUUCUGUCUUAUGGUUUAAUCCUUGGAGAUAA